AUGGCCCGGCACGGAGCGGCCCGGCACGGAGCGGCCCGGGGCCUGGGCGCGCUGCUCGGGCUGCUGUUCGUCCUCUCUGGUCCGGUCCGGGCCUGUGGUCCUGAGUAUCUUGAGGCCGUGGACCAGUUCUGUCUGAGCCGGUUCAGUUUGGACAUGGCCCAACUGGACCAGAGCCAGUGGUGCAGCUGGGACGACACGCUGGAGUCUUACGGGGAGCUGACAAACUGCUCGUUCGUCGUGGCUCUAAAGCUCGGCUGUUAUUGGCCGAAUCGUGAGGUCGACACCUUCUUUGUGUCGGUGCACAGGAAGUACUUCAGCGACUGUGCUCUGAUUGGCCGGCUGCUGCGGGACCCGCCCACACAGGUGAGCGGGCCCUUCAUCCUGGGGCCUGUCCUGGUCACACUGCUCAUGACAGCCCUGGUGGUGUGGAGGAGCAAGCGCAGCGAGGGCAUCGUCUGAGGAAUUACAAAGUACUACUACUACUACAAGUGCUACUACUGCUCCAACUACUGCUACUACUAGUACUUUUAUUACUUUUACUGCUUCUGUUACUACUACUAUAAUUACAAGUACUACUGCUAAAAGGACGACUACUACGACUUUUAUUACUACUAUUUUUACUACUAGAAGCACUAUGAUUACUCUUACUACUACUACUACUACUACUACUACUACUACUACUACUACUACUACUACUACUACUACUCCACUGCUGUUUACAUUUAUAAAACUCUUCAGAAUCUGUAUCAGUAAAAGCACAAAGUGAGGGUCAAAUGUCUGUUUUGUGUUUUUCAUUCAAAUAAAUUGCUUUUUCCACAUAAUGCUGCACUAUGGAACUUUCCUGGUGGGGGGCUAACCUGCUAAUCUCCAUGGAGAUGUUAUUGCUUUGACCGGAAUGUUCCACAGUAAGGCAUUAAAUGUGUAUUUCUUGUUUUAUUGCUCAAGAAUACCUUACCUUAUAUUCUGACAGUGAGAGAGCUCGUCGCCAUGGAGACGGAUAGGUUUAAUGCCUUACUGUAGAACAUUCCAAGCAAGCCCUCUCCAUGGGGCGUUACCUUCAGCAGCCUCACUCCAGAUUGGCUCUUUGGUUGCUAUGAUACUCGGCGUCGGAGCUUCAUUUGGAGCUGGUUGCUGCGGGUGACGUCACACUUCUCACAGU